AUGGCGAUGUCUACACGUACUCGGCACUUGUUCCUACGAUAUCGGCUUCUAUUCUUGUAAGUACCACAAAGCGGCAUUGUACUGCGUUCUUUGUUGCUGUUGGCUUUCAGUGCUUUGAGUGGGUUGCCUCGAGCGUUUCGUUGGGAUAUCAGCGAGAGAUACUCCCCUGUAAUGCCGACACGCUGCUGGACAGCAAAAGAGUAACCUCAACAAGAAUCAAGUCCACAAAGCUGGCAGUGGGCCUGUACAGUAUGACCUCCGAACAUGCCUUGAUGGUGACCGGCAAUGACGAGGAUUAUUGCACUCGUUUCUGCUGUUCUGACUUCAACAGAUUCAACGACGUCAAAUUGACCCACCAGCCCAACCUUACGAACGAAACGAUUACGCUUCUCGCCCCUGAAAACUUCCCAUCUCACACCGACUACUCGAUAGUACGGCCUUCAUGCCAACUUGCCAGCCAGCUUCUCCAAUCUGCUCCUCGCUUCCUGGUUACGAUGACCGAAGGUGACCUUCAUCUCUCCAAGGAGAGCGACAGUAAAGGCCGAAAAGUAAACUGGGCUGAGCUCGACGCGAUGCGUGAUAAAGAUGGUAGACCGUAUCUACCCAACUUCGCCAGAUAUCCUACACCACAGCACGAUAGAGCCGAGGAGUCCUUUUUUACAAAGCGAGCCAGUUGGAUUCUAGACCAUCUCUCUGGGAUGCUCGUGUUCGAGACACAUCAGCCACUUCCAUCCGGCGUACGUGGCAUGACACAGAGACUACCUGGUCCCUUGGAGCCCGCACUUGCCAAAGCUUUCCCACGAGGCGUUCGAAGUCGCAUUGCCGUGAGUAGAAAACUCUACGACGAGCUGUCGGAUCGUACAAAGGCAGCGCAGGUACGGAAUCGUCCAUCUCGCUCGCUUCUCAUCCUACAGUUUCAACUCGCUAAACUGCUGCUCCACGAGCUCGGACACGCUCUCAGCAACGCCGUGCAGGGGAACACCAGUUAUGGCGAGAGCUUCCAUCGAGACUGCGAUUUGGCGGAAAUGGGCUACGCGCUCGAGAAUGCGGUGUUCGGUGGGGUUCUGGACAUGAACACGACUCUCUGUGCAGCCAACCUUGAUCUUUGCGUGAAUGCUCGUCGAGAGUUGCCCCAGCUUAUGUCUCAGGCAAACUUCGCUUUACACGCCUGGCCGGAUGGUAAGACGCAGUACCAUUAUGAAAAACUUGGUAACCGACUCUUCAGGUCGAAACGAAAAAUGCCUCCGGUCACCAAGGUACAGAGAGUCGACAUGAAGUUCUUGACGGCCCUGUUCAGCGACGGAUUUUGGUGUCAAGAGCAUGUUUUCGAGCCCUUAGCUUUGCCAGUCAAAGGAACAUGGUACGAGCAAAUCGAUAAGAACUCUUCAACAGAACAUAUUGAAGAGGUUGCCUGUGAAAUCUCUGACCUAGCAGACGUGGAGUAUCCGAAACGAGAACUACAAGAAAUUGUCGCAAGGGAAAUCGCUUCUGGAACCCGAUCGCCUUUCCCCUCCAAUUCUACUGCUAUCUUUGAGCUUCCAGUACCUCUUUCUCCGUCACAUCGAGCCAUCGCGUACAUGGCUAACAAGCCUCUUCCGACACUACCAAUCAACAGAGUCGCUGCUCAGAUGGAUCUGCCGGGACCUACCUCGUACAAGAUACUCGAACAAGACGGGAGUAUCCAGGCUGGCCAGCUCCAUGAGAGCAUGAAGAUCGUUCCUAUUGCGGCUUUGCAUCUAGAACGCGAGACAGGGUCGAAGCGCUCAACAUGUAAUUCACGUGAUGAUCGAGAGUCUUCAUGUCGUAGGUUUGGUCGUUGGAUCAGCAUCAAUUUCAGGAGAUGAGAUUGAUGGCAGACAUAGGUCCGAAAUAUCAGACAACAAUUUGUAUCAUCAUGGCUUUCCACUUCUUUUUGACGGUUGAAUCUCUUCUUUGGACACAGUCUCUUCUAGUGUCCCAGUCGGGCAAUGGGGCAACGGAGAGUUGCACAGUAGCCGAUGAGCAGUUGGCACCAUCGAGAAAGCCCUUUGAGAGACAUGGAAGAACUGACUGGCUAACUCUCCAGCCAAUACAGUUCUCAACAUGGUAUGUUGCUCGCAUCACUGUUGGUAACAUCCCUUCAGUCCUGUGUCGUUCUCUUCCAGAACGUCUCCGAUAUCUCAGUGACUUUCAUGGUACCAGAGGGCUCAAUAAAUUACAAUCAGUUGGUCAAUUUCGGGAAUGUCCUGCCAGGUGAUUGA